AUGACCCGUUUCGAGGAAACUGCUACGAGAAUCUAUGCCACUUUCCGAGAGCAGAGGAAUCGAGCGGGCAUUAUUUUCAUCGCGCGGCUACGUCGGAGUAGCAAGGAUCUAUGGCUACUAAGUAACGCCGUGGGAAAAUGCGUCGCCGUUAAGAAGACACCAGUUAUUUUACUUUCUUACUUAGCAAAUGGAAAUAUCCGUGCUACUAUCGAGUUGGGGCAUAUUGUGUAUCCGCCAAACAAUGAUCCAAAUUCUUGGACAUGGCAUCGAAAUUCGAGCACUUAUUAUAUACAUAAUCCGAGUGAAGAUCGCCUAAACUAUUUGAGUCAAUCUAGACGCACUACCGCAAUUCCUCCAGUUCAAUUCGCCAACAAUGAAUGCGGUAUCACCAAUUAUUACACGGACAGUACAAAUCGUCUGUUUCCCAAUGGUCAGGAAACAUUUCCGGGCCAAUGGCCGUGGGUGGUUGGACUCUUUGUUAAAAAAGAACAAUAUAAAUUUCAAUGUACUGGUUCCGUUCUAACUACCAGACACGUUAUAACAGCGGGGCAUUGUUUGAAGAAAAACUUUAGUAGUAAUGACACCAUACAUCCCAGAUUGCUUGUGGCCUUGGGACGAUUUAAUUUUCGACACUUUCGUGAGGAGGGAUCUGUCAAUCGGGAAGUUGCAAAUUACACAAUCCAUCCAGAUUAUGCGCAUUAUCUCAGCGGCGAUUCUGAUCUAACAAUUUUGAUCCUGACGAUGCCCGUUGAGUUUAGUCCUUUCAAACCUAUAUGCCUGUGGUUUGGUUCGACUAAUCUUCACAUCAUCAAUAAAAGAGGAUAUGUUGUGGGAUGGGGCAAAGAUUUAACGAACCGUUUUCCUGAUUAUCCACGUAUGGCGAGGGUGCCGAUAGUGAGUCAGGAGAUAUGUCUUCGGAGUAACCAGAUUUUCUUCAGCUUCACAUCAGAUCGCACUCUUUGUGCCGGUAAAGACGAGAGCGGUCCUGGCAGUGGUGAAAGCGGGAGCGGGUUAGUCAUUUUCGAUGAUACCACGGGCCGUUAUCGUUUACGUGGAAUCGUUUCCCGAAAUUUAUCUAAACUCAAAGAUUACGUCGUUUAUGUUGACAUAGCCAAAUAUAUAUCUUGGAUUCAACAACAGAUUUCUACCACGUAAUCUC